UUAACUAAUAACGGGUUAACAAAAGAGUGGCCAAUCUUAAAUUAUUAUAAUCACGACAAAUCCACAGGACUAACUUUAUAUGAUUAUUAAUUUUAUUAACAUUAAAAAUGACAAGACAUGCCGGAGAAGACAAAGAAAGAACACAACAUACGAAUAACCACCAAAAAUAUAAUUAUUUCUGGAUUCGUAUCCAUUCUGUGUGACCAAGAGCCCGUAAAUUGAAAUACUAAUUCUAAGGCGAAUUAUUCAAAACGUUUCAGACCCUUAAAUAUACAAAACCGUUCGACUUUUUCCUAUUUCUCGGAAAAAAAGAGAAUUCUUUGGGACACCUUUCUAAGUUCCGGAUUAGUUGGAUACAUAAUUCGUAUUAAGUUCGUCCGAUUCGAAUUUCAUUCUAGCAUUUCAGGUCUCCACAUUAAAUCCUUUAAGUCAUGUCUCUUUCCCAUAAACCGAUUACAGAAGUCGCGCAUCGAUAUGCAUCCUCCUCGGAAGUGAGCCUUUUUCCAAAGAGUCCAAGAAAGACGCGGGAAGGUCCGCAAGAUGGAGGGUGGAUAGAAGAGGAGACGAGAGAGACAAUAGGCAGCGGUAAAGGUGGUCGGACCACGUGUUACCGCAACGGCCAAUCUCUUUGAUUGGGGGCGGUUCUCACCCCCGCGUCGGGGUUGGCAGCGCGGCCGCGAAGUGGGGUCGGGAAAACCGCCCUGCCGCGACGCCGCGCCCGGCGUUCAAAUCACGGACGCGGGGGCGUCGCGACGUCAUUAGUCGCCGUUUCUUCCUUCGGUGGGCCGGCGAGUCGGCGAUCCGACCUCGGGACUUUACGAUCGCAGGCACAAUCGUUGUAAUCCUAGAAGACGAUAACAUAGCAGGCGCGAUUCGUUAUCGGUAGAUGGGUCCACUCAAAGUCGAUCUUAAACAUUCGCAAAAACCGCGGUGACGUUGAACACGGUUGAUCCUGGAAAGAACUUAUCUCGUGGCACGAAAAAGUGACGAGACUCGCGGAGGAAACGCUUUGAGAGUGAAAUCACAGGAGAGAUGCGACAAAGCGCAUAAUAAGGGCACAAAUCGGCGUUAGGAGACCGAAUUUGGAACGUCCUUUGUCGCGUCCAACUUAUCAAUCUGGGAUUAUGAAUUGACAAUAAUAUCACUCGUGGAAAGCUACGAAAAUAAAUUGACGAAACUAAUUCGAAGAAUCUUCUGGUUGCCCCCCAGCGUGGAGGUGAUUAGGCGGUCUUUCGGACCUCAACGAAACGCUAGGGAAUAAUUAAUGUCUGGAUCACUGCCUAGAAAUGAAUCAGCUCGCCUAGGAAUAAAUUCCAAAAAAGGUGUAACGACGUUUGGAAAGGAACAAAGAAUUUAAAAGUAACCUGAUCUAAGAAUACGAUAACCAUCGGAUAUCACUUAAUAAAUCCAAGAACGAAGAUAAAAUGACGUCCAUCCAAGAACAUCGAUCUGCAGCAGCGUUCGAUCUUCCGAGCGACCAACUUAACCUUAAAACACGACAUAGAGAGGGUCCAUGACGUCUCCCUGAAGAACUGCACCUCUACGAGGCCCUGCCUUCUCUUUCAGACUUUUUCAGCAAUCUCUUCCGCGAGUGUCAAUUCUUGUACCGAAUUUUCUUGUCUGGUGCCGGGAGGGAUUAAAAAAUCUCCAAGAUAUCCGAUUGCCCUCCAGAUCGGUGAUCCGAAGGCCCGUAACGCGUUGUUCUAGAGUCCGGGUCAGGACUCGAAGAGACCUCGACAUGUACAGCCUAUACAGGGCAUGGUUCGGCGCUGGUACCGCGGAGGAGAGUUACCCGCGAAUGGAGACACUUUCGCCCCCCGACACUCUCGUGCGCGUUGGCAACGAGGGCGAGCACCAGUUCGUCGCUCAUCGAGGAGUCCUGGCUGCACACAGCGGUUACCUAAAGGCCCUGCUCGCUACGGCGACGAGUUCUACGGCCCCGUCCGCGGCCGGGAGCGCAGACCCCGCGGCACCGGUCACUUCCGUCUCCGUGUCCUCCGUCGGUGGCGAGGCCUUUGCGCCGCUGUUGAAUUACAUGUACACCGGUCACCUGGAAGUAACCCUGGACAAUAUCUACAGCGUGCUCUUGGCGACCCAUCUUCUACACAUGCCAGGUGCCCUGGAACAAUGUCGGGCCGCUCUGUCCAGGUUGCGUGCACCUCCUCCGCUUGCGGCGCCACCACCGACGCCGACGCCGACGUCCGCUCCUCGAGCUGGAAGCGUCCUGAGGCCCGUUCCCAACAGAGUGGUCGCCCCGCCAUUAUGUUGGCCUCAACCAACGCUCUAUCCUUCGGUGCCCGUCAGCCUCUCUCAUUUGCCAAAUCUGCAGAUCCCCGGCGCGAUCUCGGCCGUGCCCUCGCUCAUUCACGAAGCUCGAUCUUCUGUCCCAUAUAGGUAGAUUUCUUCUCCCUUCUCCGGAUAUCGAAAA